AUGUGCAAAUACUACGCUCACCACCACCCCUGCGGCCACAUCAAGACCGUCUUCGCCGCCUUCUGCCCUCCAGGCGCUUUGGUGCAGAAGCAGUGCGGCAAAGGCGAGAUCUGGGCGACCGUCAAGAUCGAAAAGGACUGCGCUCGUUGC